AUGGAAGCGACGACUAUGCUUCUUCUGUUCACUCUCCUCCUCGCCGGGCAACGAGGCUGCACCUGCACGGCCUCUGUUGUUGCCGGUGAAGGCGGGUUCAGCGUGGACUUCAUCCACCACGACUCCGCCAUGUCGCCGUUCCGCCUCCCCGCGCUGUCCCAAGCAUGCCCGCUGCGCUGCAUGGCGCGCAAGCCCGCCGCGCUCCAGGCGAGGGUGCUCGGGCGCUCUUACAGCGGCGCGUCUCCCGUAGCCGCGCCCGUGUCCGCGGCCGACGGCGGCGUCGAGUCCAAGAUCAUCACCAGGUCGUUCGAGUACCUGAUGGGAAAAUGUCUACUCCUGGUACAUCUUUGGCUGCUGGAUCUCAAGCUGCAGCUGCUGGUGCAUCUUCGGCUGCUGGAUCUCAAGUGCAAGCUGCCGACGACGUGCGCGAGCUCCUCCUCUCAGGCCGCAACAUAA